UUCCAUUACGCCGGCUUCUAUUUUACCAUACUUCCCCUCUCCUCUUUCUAUCCUUCUAUUCUCAUAUUGUUGUAUUAUCACGCCUUCUUUUGUCGCUGUGUACACCCUAGCAAUACCAUCAGAGGAAGCUCAUCCUAUAUUCAUGUGUUCCACACGUCCCAUCCUUCGCAUGUGCUAGCCCGUUGGACCCGUGGACGGUCUCAUAUACAUGAAUAGUCAAUUUCGGCCAACAUCGUUUAAGGAAUGUCAUUUCGGCUACUCUCUUUCCUCUGCCUUGUCAUAGCAGCUCCGUAUGGCGACGCCUUGUCUCUUGAGCCCCGUAGCAAUAACUACGUCAAGCUCCCCGUUGUUCAUUCAACCAACAGACGAGUUUUUGCCAAAGUCUAUGAGAAUAAGCGAGAUGUUGCCACUGUUCCCUUGGCAAAAAGGGCCGAUGUAGCUUAUUAUGCCAAAUUAAACAUUGGUACACCACCCCAAAGUGUAUAUGUUCAGUUAGACACAGGCUCCUUUGAGCUCUGGGUGAACCCGAACUGUACAAGUCUGCAAGGAACAACAGACGUGAGGUUUUGCAGAGCGAUUGGUCAUUACGAACCGUCCUCAUCGUCGAGCGCUGUCGAGUUGACAACUACGAAGACACUGAGAUACGGGAUAGGGCAGGCUGCCAUUCAGUAUGUGAUAGAUAACGUUGGUCUUGCAGGCACAGAUGCCCUCUUAGAAAACAUCCAGUUUGGUGUUGCCCUCGACACUGUGGACGAGUUUUCUGGCAUUCUGGGUAUCGGUCAUGGUAUAAAUGUGACUAUACCAUAUAAAAACUUGAUCGAUCAGUUGGCAGACCAAGGGGUGACAGAUACGAAAGCCUUUAGUCUCGCCUUAGGAAGUAAGAGCGAACAGGAAGGCGUGAUUAUAUUUGGCGGCUUAGACACAUCAAAGUUCACGGGGACCCUCCAGACACAACCCAUAAUUGAGGGCCCCGAUGGCGUUCCGCGAUAUUGGAUCCAGAUGCAGUCAUUGAGUAUCACGCCACCGGGUAGCCAAACAAAACAGUAUUCUAAUACUUCCAUGGCCGUCUUUCUUGACAGCGGGGCUACAUUAACUCUUCUUCCCACAAGAUUAGCCAACGAAAUUGCUGCCGAUUUUGGUGCCGAGGCGACGAAUGCGAACGGAUUCUACCUCGUUGACUGCAAGUUCAAUAACCAGUCUGGGACGCUUAGUUUUGCCUUCGAUGGCGUUACUAUUCGUGUGCCGUAUCGGGAGAUAGUCCGAGAGAUUCGGACUGCGUUUGGUACGCAGUGUUACCUGGGCAUAAGUCCUAGCGAGGAUUUUGCACUCCUAGGCGACACAAUGCUGCGAUCUGCUUAUGCUGUCUUCGACCAGACCAAUAAUGCUAUUCAUCUGGCCCAGUAUUCAAAUUGCGGAUCGAAUGAGAGGGAGAUCACGGCUCAAAUGAGUUUGGGUAAGAUUACUGGUGAUUGCCAAGCGCCUGAUCUCGAGGCUGCUGACGCGAGCUCGAACCCGGUGUCCUCGGGGGGAGGUUCAGGGACUGGGUCAAGUGAUUCUGGAGAUGCAGAGUCCCGCGCAUCAAUGUGGGAAACCUCGGGUCUCCAAAAGUGGUUCACAGUAUGGGUAAUGAUUUAUGCUAUAGAUUUUAUGGUUGGCUUGGUUAUAUAGAGUUGAGUACUGUUCGAUGGCAGUUCGCAUACUCAUGGAAGGCGGUGUUCCGGGACACAGAAGUUAGAUCCCAUUAUCGAACCCGGGAUUUUCGAAUUCUGAAUCUAAUAUGGAUUCUCGUUCACAGCCCAUCCUGUCCAGUGUGCUGUUCGAUACAGGUGUCUAUAUGAAAUUCCCCAAGGGAGUGAAAUGUUGUAAGUGUUGUGCUACCUACCCUGCUAUGUUCUGAAUUCUCU